CUUCCAGUCCAUCAUCACCACAAACAGCUCCCUUCACUCCAUUGUUUCAUAGUUCAUACAUCCUUUAAAAAUAAACCCACAAAAGCAGAGAGAUUUUUCUUUUCGAUUCUACUAGGUGAUGUCUGACAGGACCAACCAGGCUUAUCCUCUGGCCCUUGCAAAUGGUUACACAAGAAGUGAUGGAGAAUCUUUGGUAUCUGAAGACGAGCUCAAACGCCAAAAGAGAAUGAAAUUGUUCAUGUACAUUGGUAUCUUCAUUGUUUUUCAAAUCAUAGUCAUGACCGUUUUUGGUCUUACUGUAAUGAAAGUGAAGACCCCUAAGGUCAGAUUGGGUGAAAUCAAUGUCCAAAGCCUCAACUCUGUCCCUGCAACACCUUCAUUUGACACAAGCUUCACCACCCAGAUUAGGGUGAAGAACACAAACUGGGGUCCUUAUAAGUUUGAUGCAAGCACCGCAACAUUUGUUUACCAAGGCGUGGCAGUGGGACAGGUUUCUAUUCCCAAAAGCAAGGCUGGAAUGCGUUCCACAAAGAAGAUCAGUGUUUCAGUGAGCUUGAAUACGGAUGGAAUGCCAAGCAGUUCUACUCUUGGCAGUGCAUUAAACAGUGGGAUCUUGACGCUAACCAGCCAAGCCAAACUGACUGGAAAGGUUGAAUUGAUGCUCAUAAUGAAGAAGAAGAAGUCUGCCGCAAUGGACUGCACCAUAGCUUUUGAUUUGACCACAAAGACUGUCAAAAGUUUACAAUGCAAGUGAUCAGACCAUCUAUUACUUUUUGUACGUAUUCCUUUUCCAUUGUCAGAAUUGAA